AUGACUGACGAGCAGUCAACAGGUGCCACACUUACUGGAUUGACGCCGACAAGCAUCAUCACUGGGGAGUUUGAUGUCUCAAUUAGUGAUGGUGUUGGACAUGGCGUACUUCGCUCUUUCUGGAGCGAGGUCAUCAGAAUGAUCACAGAAGACUCUGGGCAUUGGCAAAGUACCUGCGACAGGUAUUGGGUACCCAUUGUGACCUCACUACCCCCCUGUGAUGAAGAUAUUGUUUCAUACCAGGCGUAUGGAAUUAUCUUUCGGACUGCGAUGCUUAUGGACCUAGAAAUCCUCCCUGUUUCUCCAAUCAUUGUAUUGUUUCUGCUGAGCGACUACAUCACAGCCACCACUUCGUCAUUCACCACUGCCAUUGCACCCAUUGGGAGUCAACGUCUUCUUGUGUGGCCACCCCCUCUAGUCACUGAUGCUGCAAUGGGCCGGUUAGAACUAUCCAUAGCACCUGCAAUGAACUUGUAUUCCAUGAUUCUGGAAGUUGAUGCUUCCACCCAGAUUACACAGCUGAGGUGCCUUCCUGUGAAUGCACAGGCCGAGCUUACCCACCGGUUGCGAUGUCAGGUGUUCUUUGGCAACCAGUUUGCUUGUGGAACACCUGACUACAUUGUAUAUUCAUCAAUGCGUCAGGCAUUUGAUUGCCUAAUUGGUGACCGUAUGACAUUACAUGAGUAUUUCAUCACUGAAGAUUCAUCUAGUACGAUUCUUGAGGGAAUGUUUGGUGGCCGCAUUCUUUCCUCACCAGAGCAGGUUAUCCGCCUUCUUGUCAUCAAUGUUACCCCAGUCAGUGGUACCUUGAAUGAUAUCAUCACACGAUUCAAACUGCAUCUGGAGCGCUACCUCCGUGGGUGCAGCACUCCUACUCAAAAUGAUGGAUCAGAUCUCUUUGGAGAAGAUGUAGUAAUUGAUCCAUUGUUAUGGACUCGACUCUUUCUCCGGUGUGUCACUGGUAGUGAGUUCCUUCCCACGUGCCCCCAGCAACAGAUUAGGGUUUGA